AUGCGUAAUGGAUAUCGAACCGAUCUUCAGAAUCAUGUGAUCGUUUAUGUGACUGCUACUACGAAGCUAUCUCUGGUGGCGCUGCCUGCUCGUUCACUGCGAUCGAUUUAUCUCAACUUCAAAACAAGGUUGGGGCUGUACAGCGGCUCAUUAACAAUGCUGAUAGAAACGGCGGAGAAUACUGUGGACAACCACAACGACCACUGCUGUCCCACCUACCCCAGAAACGACUACUGUCCCUACAACAGAGCCCCCAACGACCACUACUGUCCCCCCUACCCCAGAAACGACUACUGUCCCCACUACCCCAGAAACGACUACUGUCCCCACAACAGAGCCCCCAACGACCACUACUGUCCCCGCUACCCCAACGACGACUGCUGCCCCACAACUGAGCCCCCAACGACCACUACUGUCCCCGCUACCCCAACGACGACUGCUGCUCCCACAACUGAGCCCCCAACGACCACUACUGUACCCCCUACCCCAGUGACGACUACUCUUACCACAAUUGAGCAGCCAACGACCACGGAUAUCCUUACAACUACAACACAGCCAGCAGGACCUCGCUUCGAUAUUCUUUUCCUCAUCGACGUCAGCAAGCAAGCGAAAGGUCGAUUGGAG